AUGGGCGCUGCUCUCAUGACAGCAGCUACCAAAUGGGCGCUGCUCUCACGACAGCAACUACCAAAUCGACGCUGCUCUCGCGACAGCAGCUACCAAAUCGACGCUGCUCUCGCGACAGCAGCUACUAAAUGGGCGCUGCUCUCACGACAGCAACUAUCAAAUCGACGCUGCUCUCGCGACAGCAGCUACCAAAUGGGCGCUGCUCUCACGACAGCAACUACCAAAUCGACGCUGCUCUCGCGACAGCAGCUACCAAAUGGGCGCUGCUCUCACGACAGCAACUACCAAAUGGACGCUGCUCUCGCGACAGCAGCUACCAAAUCGACGCUGCUCUCGCGACAGCAGCUACCAAAUGGGCGCUGCUCUCACGACAGCAACUACCAAAUCGACGCUGUUCUCGCGACAGCAGCUACCAAAUCGACGCUGCUCUCGCGACAGCAGCUACCAAAUAGGCGCUGCUCUCACGACAGCAACUACCAAAUCGACGCUGCUCUCGCGACAGCAGCUACCAAAUGGGCGCUGCUCUCAUGA